UCAGCGAUUCCAGUAUCGGUCGUACUCCCUAUCGUCUCUCUCUCUCUCUCCUCUUCUCUGAACGCUUCCUCUCUACUCCUUUCCGCCGUUGAAGGCCUUCCGUUGCCUCUCGAUCCCGUCUCUCUCUCUCUCUUGGAGUCGCAUUGGGCGAGGAGGAGGAGAGCUUAAAGCGAGGGUUUUUGCGAAACCGGGCUUUGACUGCGGCUUGCGUUCCUUCGGUGCGUGUCUGCUAGGCUUCAGAGGCUGGGGUUGGUGCCAUUGCUAUUGGCAGAGGGUUUUGGCAGGUGGGCGGUCUUUGAAACGUUCGGAGGUUAGCGCCAGGGCUUGCACCUUUGCGGCUUGUCUCUCUUCCGUCGUUUCCUUUUGUUUCCUCUCCAAAAGAGAUUAUAAACUGUGUUUCGUUCAUCGUAAUCUUCCGCCAUCUUUGAAAGCCAUCUAAUCCAUGCAUGGACGGGAGGGAUGCCAUAUCGAUGUCUGGUCCAUCUCCAUACUACAUCCACCACAGAGGUAUCGGUGGGAACAGUUCUGGAUCACAGACAGGGCUACAUGGUCCACCUCCUGGCAUCCGCUCGAUGACUAACCCCAGCUCGAGCUUAUCUUCUUUACAACACGCUGGAAGUGUGUCUAUUGGACCAGGGUUUCAGGUGGAGACUCCGUCUUCCAUGUCACCGCAUGUUGGCAAUGUGGGUGGGGCAGCGGGACCUGGUCCAGGAGUACCUGUCAAGAGGAAGAGGGGAAGGCCACGGAAGUAUGGGCCAGACGGUGCAAUGGCGUUAGCUCUUUCGCCAUUGUCCUCGCCUCCUACCGUGUCGGGGUCUGGCACAGUGUCUGGUGCAGCAUCGGUGUCAGGGUCGGGGUCGGCCUCUCAAAUGCAAAAGCGGGGUAGGGGGCGACCACCUGGAACUGGGAGGAAGCAGCAGUUGGCUUCUCUUGGGGAAUGGAUUGUUGGCUCGGCUGGAAUGGGUUUUACUCCACAUAUUAUCACAGUUCCAGUAGGAGAGGAUAUUGCAACAAAGAUAAUGUCAUUUUCACAACAGGGCCCAAGGGCUGUGUGCAUACUCUCAGCAAAUGGUUCUGUUUCCACGGUGACCCUUCGUCAGCCUUCAAGUUCUGGUGGCACAGUCACUUAUGAGGGUCGUUUUGAAAUUCUAUGCUUGUCUGGCUCUUAUUUGAAGACUGAUAAUGGCGGAUCACGUAGCAGAAGUGGGGGCCUAAGCAUUUCCCUAUCUAGUCCUGAUGGUCGAGUUAUUGGUGGUGGUGUUGGUGGGCUGCUUAGGGCUGCAAGCCCUGUCCAGGUGAUAGUUGGAAGUUUUAUUUAUGGUGGCUCAAGAACAAAGAACAAAGCAAAAACUGGUCAGGAAUCAGGCCAUGAGUCUGAACAUCCAGUGGGUGAUAAAAGUAUACCAACCAGUGCUGUGCUUAAUCAAAAUUUGACCCCUCCUUCAGUGAUGGGAGGUUGGACUGGUUUAAGGCAAAUGGACAUGAGGAACACCCACAUUGAUAUUGAUUUGACUCGUGGGUAGUUUUUGUUUGGAUAUAGAUAUAAUAGAUACAGUUCGUGUGCAUGUUUCACUGCGGGUGACAGUGGGUGGCCUUGGGGGAAACUAGGACCAUCUGUGGGCUUUUGCCUCACUCCCAUGUUCACUUUUUGUACUAACAUAUUUUUGCAGUUGGGGAACCAUCAUAUUCCGAUUAGUAAAAUUGUGUUCUGUUAUACCAAUGCUGAAACAUGUUUUUUGUUAUCAUAUGGAUGAUUAUAUCUUGCAGCUUUGCAAUAUGAGCUUGAUAUCACCAUUUGCCUAAA